ACCAUCAGCUGGUGUCUGUGUGUACUGAGGGGGGACAACACGUGUCUUUGUGUCUCUCCUACUUAUCUCUCUUUUAUAUCGUUUUAAUUGAACUAACUACACUCAGGUUGUUAAUUUUUAUUCUAGAUUGUUCAAGUGUUAAGGUCAAGAAUUUUCGAGCUUGUCCUUGGUCCCGUGAUAAGGAUUUAAGGGUUAACUAGCCAUGGCAGUUGAGGGUGGUAACUCACACUUAUAUUUCCCUUCAGAGAGUGAUAAUGACUCUGACCUAAUUGAUGAGAGUGAUUCAGUCAACGAGAAGAAUAAUGAUGAAGUAGACACUGGUAACAUGACCAUGGAGGAACUUUUAAAACUUCAAGAGAAGAUAGGGACUAAAGCUUUCAGGAAGAAGGUGGUUUCAGGAGGUCCUUUUAUAUAUAAUCAGGACACAAAAGCUUCAGAGGAUAAUGGAGAUGAAGUAUUCAAUCGUGCCAAUAAGAACCGCCCCAGGGAGGUGCCCAUGAUGCGUAGAGCAGCUCCACGUAUGACCUCGAACGAUGCCGGACAGAAGGGAAAAAUAAAGAUAACCCGUGAUCCAAGAUUUGACGAUCUAUCUGGAAAAUUAAACCUUAAUGUGUGGCAAGGUAACUAUGGUUUCCUCUCAAAUAGAAGGAAGAAAGAGAAGGAGAUGUUAAAGAAGGAAUUGAAGAAUGAAGAGGAUCCCGUCAAGAAGAAGAAGAUCAAGUCCGUAAUUCAACGUAUGGAGAAUCAAUUACGUGAGAAAGAAAGACGGAAUUUGGAGAACGAGGUAACGAGAAACCAUCGAAGAGAACAGAUGGAGGCUCUCAGGCAAGGGAAGAAGCCAAAACACUUUUAUAAAAAUGAACAGAAGCUCUUACUUAAAGCCGCCCAAUUUGAACAACUGAAAAAGGAAAAUAGAGUCGACAGAUACCUCGAACGAAAAGAGAAACGUCUGCGGGCUAAAGAGCUGAGAGGACACGCACACUAAUCAGACACGUGAGGAGUCCCAUGGUGAGCAAGAGGAUGAGUGGGCACUCAUUCCAGAUCACCACCAGAGAACUAUUCUACAUGUGGAUGUUGACUGUUUCUAUGCCCAGGUAGAGAUGGUUCGUGACCCAGGCCUCCGUG